AGAAUGAGACUAGCCGGAAGUAUGAGCAUGUGACUGCGGAGCAUACCUAACCCCAUCUGCUGUUGCUUGCGACGUGUGUCGUAAAGCGGGAGACUCAUCGCCAUAGUAACGGUCAGCUGGUGUGUUGGGAAAGUGGGGGGUCGUAGAGGUGCAGCAGGAGGUGACAUCUCCAUAUUUAGGGGAGAGGAGGGCAGAAGGUCCUAAAAAUGACUGGGAACAGUCUCGUCCUUCCCAUUGUGCUAUGGGGACGGAAGGCUCCCACGCACUGCAUCUCCACAGUGCUGGUGAUGGACGACAUGUCAACCAUUAUCACCGGCUGCCACGACGGACAGAUCUGCCUGUGGGACCUAUCAUCAGAACUGGAGAUCAAUCCUCGGGCCUUACUUUUUGGUCACACGGCUUCCAUCACCUGUCUGUCUAAAGCCUGUGCGUCCACCGACCGUCAGUACAUAGUGAGCGCCUCGGAAAGCGGUGAGAUGUGUCUCUGGGAUGUCAGUGAUGGAAGAUGUGUAGAAUUUACUAAAUUGGCGUGUACCCACACGGGUAUACAGUUCUACCAGUUCUCUGUGGGAACACAGCGGGAAGGUCGCUUGCUUUGUCACGGUCAUUAUCCGGAGGUCCUUGUGGUGGACGCCAGCAGCCUGGAUGUCCUGUACACACUGGUAUCCAAGAUCUCUCCAGACUGGAUCAGCUCCAUGAGCAUCAUUCGCUCCCACAGAACACAAGAAGACACAGUCGUAGCAGUUUCAGUCACUGGCAUCUUGAAAGUCUGGAUUAUUACUGCAGAGGUUCACCGCAUGCAGGACACGGAGCCCGUAUUUGAAGAGGAGUCCAAACCAAUUUAUUGCCAGAACUGUCAAAGUAUUUCUUUCUGUGCAUUUACACAGAGGUCACUAUUAGUUGUCUGUGCAAAAUACUGGCGGGUGUUCGAUGCGGGCGAUUAUUCUUUGCUGUGUUCUGUUCCGAGCGAGGAGGGUCAGACGUGGACAGGAGGAGACUUCAUAGCUGCCGAUAAAGUCAUAAUCUGGACUGAAGACGGGCAGAGCUUUAUUUAUAGCCUUCCAGCCAGCUGUAUCCCUGCCAGUGAUUCCUUCCGCAUUGAUGUUGGGAAAGCAGUGGAGAACUCCAUCCCACCCCUACUGUAUAGUGUCAUGCCGAAAGAGGACAAGAAGCUACUAAUCUGCCCUCCGGUUACACGCUUCUUCUACGGACGCAGAAUAUCUUUCCACAAACUUCUAAUCCAGGGCGACUCUUCAGGGAGACUCAGUAUCUGGAGCGUCCCGGAUGAUCUCGAGCAGCAAGACAACGUUGAAGGGUUAAAAAUCACGACCGCCACGUCGCUGCAGGAAGCCUUCGACAAGCUCCAACCUCUUCCUGCGGGCAUUAUCGACCAGCUCAGCGUGAUGCCAAACGCUACUGAACCUCUCAAAGUGACCGCCAGCGUGUACAUCCCAUCUCAUGGGCGCCUAGUCUGCGGUCGGGAGGAUGGGAGUAUAAUCAUUGUCCCGGCCACGCAGACGGCCAUAGUUCAGCUACUGCAAGGAGAACACAUGCUACGCAGAGGUUGGCCUCCUCACAGAACUCUCCGUGGUCACAGAAACAAAGUAACCUGCUUAUUGUAUCCGCACCAAGUGUCCUCUCGCUACGACCAGCGCUAUCUCAUAUCAGGAGGGGUCGACUUCUCGGUAAUCGUGUGGGACAUUUUCUCUGGAGAGAUGAAGCAUAUCUUCUGUGUCCACGGGGGAGAAAUCACACAACUUCUCGUCCCCCCAGACAACUGUAGUACACGAGUGCAGCAUUGCAUCUGCUCGGUGGCCAGCGAUCACUCCGUCGGACUUCUUAGCUUGAGAGAGAGAAAGUGUAUCAUGCUGGCGUCCCGCCAUCUCUUUCCCAUCCAAGUCAUAAAGUGGAGACCAUCGGACGACUAUCUGGUGGUCGGCUGCUCAGACGGCUCUGUCUACGUCUGGCAGAUGGAUACCGGCGCCCUGGAUCGUUGUGUGAUGGGCAUCACGGCUGUGGAGAUACUCAACGCCUGUGACGAAGCUGUUCCCGCUGCUGUCGAUGCGCUCAGCCAUUCAGCAGUCAACUUGAAGCAGGCCAUGACCAGACGCAGCCUGGCAGCGCUAAAGACUGUAGCACAUCACAAGCUCCAGACCCUCGCCACCAACCUUCUGGCCUCUGAAGCAUCAGACAAGGGGAAUUUGCCUAAAUAUUCCAACAACUCCUUGAUGGUUCAAGCAAUAAAGACGAAUGUGACGGACUCGGACAUCCACCUGCUCUUCUUUGAUGUGGAGGCGUUAAUUAUCCAGCUCCUCACGGAAGAAGCCUCCAGGCCAAAUACUGCACUUAUCUCCCCGGAGAGUUUGCAGAAAGCAUCUGGCAGUUCUGACAAAGGAAGCUCUUUUCUGGCUGGUAAAAGAGCAGCCGUACUCUUCCAACAGGUCAAGGAAACCAUCAAAGAGAACAUUAAAGAACAUCUACUUGACGACGAUGACGAAGACGAAGAAGCCAUGAGACAAAAGCGCAACGAGAGCGACCCAGAGUACCGCUCCAGCAAAUCUAAACCAUUAACGUUACUAGAGUACAACCUGACCAUGGACACCGCCAAGCUCUUCAUGUCCUGUCUUCACGCCUGGGGCUUGAAUGCUGUGCUUGACGAAGUGUGCCUCGACCGCCUUGGGAUGCUUAAGCCGCACUGCCCGGUGUCUUUCGGCCUACUCUCAAGAGGUGGCCACAUGUCAUUGAUGCUGCCAGGGUUUAAUCAGUCUGUUAAUAAAGCGUUUGUCGACAAUGUAAGUGCGGACAGGAGGAUGUCAGUCACUGAUGGACUUGGGAAGGGCAAUUAUGGCGUGUCACGUGCUGUCACCACUCAGCACCUCCUGUCACUUAUAUCUCUGGCAAACACUUUGAUGAGCAUGACCAACGCCACGUUCAUUGGGGACCACAUGAAGAAGGCUACCCAAAGGCCACCCAAGUCCGGGUCUCCAGAAUCAAUGAAGGGAAAGGCUUCCCCACAAACCUCCGGCAGCAACCUCAUGCAGGGACAGAUAAAACAAGCUGUUGCGCCUGAUGCUUCUGCUCGCACUGACUCCGAUCCCUCUGGGUCUGACCGCACUUUGCAUUCCUGUUUCUCAGUCAAUGAAGGAUGGAGCCAGUUGGCAGCCAUGCAUUGUGUUAUGCUGCCCGAUCUUCUGGGGCUGGAGAAGUUCAGACCACCUCUGCUAGAAAUGCUGGCAAGAAGGUGGCAGGACCGGUGUCUGGAGGUCCGGGAAGCUGCACAGGCCCUGUUACUAGCAGAACUCCGACGGAUCGGACAGUCGGGACGUAAGGAGACAAUUGAUUUCUGGGCACCAUAUUUACCCCAAUACGUCGACGCCAUCAUGUCACCUGGAGUGACGGCAGAAUCUAUACAGGGCGGCAAUGCUAGUCCUGACUCUGCAGGGUCAGAGGUGAAAGUUCAGGAAGAAGAGCACGAUCUUGUGGAUGAUGAUCUUGCAGCAGGUUGUCUUUCCAACCUUCCUCCAGUGAAGAAAAUAUCCACUUCGUAUGAAGAACGCCGGAAGCAAGCCACAGCCAUAGUUCUUCUAGGGGUGAUCGGGGCAGAGUUUGGAGCCGAAAUCGAACCGCCAAAAUUAUUAACCCGGCCACGCAGUUCCAGUCAGAUUCCGGAGGGUUUUGGGCUGACCAGUGGCGGAUCCAAUUACUCGCUUGCUCGUCAUACGUGCAAGGCUCUGACGUUCCUGCUGCUGCAGCCCCCCAGCCCCAAGCUCCCUCCACACAGCACCGUGCGCCGGACCGCUAUUGAUCUGAUUGGACGAGGCUUUACCGUAUGGGAACCGUACAUGGACGUAUCUGCCGUUUUAAUGGGUCUUCUGGAGCUCUGCGCAGACGCCGAAAAACAGCUUGCCAACAUCACAAUCGGGUUACCCCUGAGCCCUGCAGCUGACUCCGCCCGCUCUGCACGACACGCACUGUCGCUCAUUGCCACGGCCAGACCACCCGCCUUCAUAACAACGAUUGCUAAGGAGGUGCACAGACACACCGCCAUGGCUGCCAAUACUCAGUCUCAGCAGAAUAUUCACACUACUGCUUUGGCCCGUGCAAAAGGAGAAAUACUGAGGGUUGUUGAAAUACUCAUUGAGAAGAUGCCAUCUGAUGUGGUUGAUCUCUUGGUGGAGGUUAUGGAUAUUAUAAUGUACUCUCUGGAAGGAUCAUUGCUGAAGAAGAAGGGGCUGCAGGAAUGCUUUCCAUCCAUAUGCCGAUUUUACAUGGUCAGUUACUGCGAUCGGAGCCACAGGAUAGCGGUGGGAGCGCGUCUUGGGACAGUCGCCCUGUACGACAUACGGACUGGAAAAUGCCAGAAUAUUCACGGCCACAAAGGACCAAUUACGGCGGUUUCGUUUGCCCCUGAUGGACGCUAUCUCGCUACCUACUCUAAUAAAGACAGCCAUAUCUCCUUCUGGCAGAUGAACACGUCCUUGCUGGGAAGCAUUGGGAUGCUGAACUCCGCUCCUCAGCUGCGUUGUAUCAAGACCUAUCAGGUACCGCCCGUACAACCAGCCUCUCCCGGCUCGCUCAACGCCCUGAAGUUAGCAAGGCUCAUCUGGACUUCCAACCGCAAUGUCAUCCUUAUGGCUCAUGACGGCAAAGAGCAUCGAUUCAUGGUCUAGAAAUUGAACAUCCUGUGCCCACCUUCAACACACCCACUGCCCCUCCUUUCCAAAACGUCUAUAGCAUGAUCACUGCAGUUGUUGUCAUAUCAUUCAUGGGGUAGACGUUGCUGUGUUGGUGCUGCAUGAUUCCCCGGUAAAUGCUACGGAAUGGGAAUUCUUUCAUGUACGCGAUGUAUUUGGUGGAAACCCCUAUUCCUUUCUGUAAACUGAUAGUAGAAAAAGCUUUCGCUAUAUACGUUCAUCUGUAAAAAAAAACUGAUUAUUCUAGAUAUAGAGGGAGAUUUAUCAAAACCUGUGUAGAGGAAAAGUUGCUGAGUUGCCCAUAGCAACCAAUCAGAUCGCUUCUUUCAUUUCUAACAUGGCCUCUGCAAAAUGAAAGAAGCGAUCUGAUUGGUUGCUAUGGACAUCUGGGCAACUUUUCAUCUGCUCAGGUUUUUUAUAAUUCUCCCCCAUAGUCUGUAUAUAGUGGGGAGUUACUGUAUAACCUUGAAGGGUAUCACGUCUUCCGCUCCUGACACAGCAGGAGGUGCAUUCAGAAUUGUGCCCUUCGCAGAGUGAUGACAGUCGGACCCCUAUCAACUCUGCUGCUGUGCAUUCUGGGAGAGUUUCUCUACACUGAAGCAGCAGCUUUUAGCUCGGCACUAAGAAAUUGGAGAUGAUUUUGACUGCAGCUCUAGAUGUGACUGGAGUAUGUCUUUGUAAAGUCGCUCGACGUUCUAUAUAGAUAAUAUCUAGAUGUAAGAUGGUGUUUGAAGGUGACCCUACAUUAAACCUGAAAUGCUCCCCCUGUUACAUUUCGAUGUCUUAAAGGUGUACACCGGUGGAAAACUUUUUUUCCUAAAUCAACUGGUGCCAGAAAGUUAAACAGAUUUG